AUGGGGAUUUGUUUGUCCGGAGAUGCUUUAGGCGAAGAGGGAGAUGAACAGGAGGAAUCGUUUCGAAAGCCGCAUUACUACCGCAGUCGCGAGGGUCCAAAGUUCCGCGUCCUUAACUACACAUCACACUAUGAAUACAGGCAGUAUGGAGAGUCUUCAUGGAUUUCCACGCGCCUGGAAGGACGCGAACUCAACAAGGCCCUUAGCAAAGGAGACAAAAUCCUCGCUCGCUAUUUUAACGGUACGAACGGUCCAGAGAAAGUCAUGGAUUUAACAUGUCCACUCAAGCUUCGUGUUGAAUUUGGGAAAGAAGCGUACGGACCUUGGAGUGAAGCGGAUGUGGUCGCCUCGCUUCAUCUGCCCUAUGAUAGUGUAAAAUGUCCACCAGCGCCCAAAGAAAGUGGGCUGUUUAUACAGGAUGCAGCAGAGCAUUUCGCUUAUGUGUCGAGCUUCGAAGGUUUUGCCACAGAACAGAUAUGGCACGAUGAAGUAAUCAAACUGAGAAGGGUCUUGGAUGGCGAACGAAAGAAGUACGACAAACAAGCGGUUUUUGUAGCGAGAUAUGAGAACCUUCUUCACUUGGGAAAGAAAAGAAACGAAGUAAUACUGAUUCAGAAUUAG